AUGGGAAACAACACCAGUUAUGAAGAAUUUAUCCUCUUGGGUUUCCUGAUUGGACGUAAAGCAGAGAUAUUCUUGGCAACAAUACUGAUAGUGGUGUAUUUGUCCACAAUAUUUGGUAACUUGACUAUUCUGUUUAUCACUAUUACCAACAGUUGUCUCCAUAUGCCAAUGUAUUUCUUCCUUGGCAACCUCUCUGUCCUAGACCUUGUUUUUUCAACAGUGACUGUUCCCAGUUUGCUACAGAAUCUCCUCUCUGGAAUAAAGACCAUCUCCUUUGCUAGCUGCAUGGCCCAAUCCUAUUUCUACUUCUUCCUGGGCACAGUGGAAUACUUCCUCUUGACAUGUAUGUCCUAUGACCGCUAUGUAGCCAUAUGUAACCCAUUACAUUAUUCAAUUAUCAUGAAUGGCUAUUUUUGUGUUCAGAUGGUGCUGGCUUGCUGGUUGGGUGGGUUUGCCUUUGUCCUCUAUCCAACCAUCAUGGUAACCAGGUUCUCCUAUUGCCAUUCCAAUGUCAUCGAUCAUUUCUUCUGUGACAGUGAACCUCUACUGAAGUUAUCUUGUACUGACACCAGCUUGAUACAGAUAAUCCUAUUUGUGUUAUCAUCAGUCGUCAUUCUUUGCUCCUUGAACCUGACGCUUGUCUCUUACAUUUACAUUGUCUCUACUAUUUUGGUUAUACCCACUGACUCUGGGAGGAAGAAGGCUUUCAACACAUGUGUGUCUCAUCUCACUUUGUUCUUGAUGGCUUCCAGUGUCUCCAUCUUACUGUAUGUGAUCCCAGCUAAACAGUCCAGUUUGGGGGCCCGCAAAAUUCCAGCAUUACUCAGCAGCAUAGUUAAUCCAUUCCUGAGUCCUUUUGUGUACACCCUGAGGAACAAUCUAGUUAAGAGAAUUUUGCAAAAAUUCUUUGAUCAGGGUCAAAUGCUCAUGGUCCAGAAAGUGCAGAAAUUCCUCAUAAUUGUGAUCAGUUUUGUAGGGAAAGCUAGAAUUUAA